AUGGCUACCAAUAAUCAAAACCUGACAGACUCUGGAAACUCUUCAGAUCUCGUGGGCUGGAAACCUGAGACAACAGGUCGUGGUACACUGACACUGCUGACAAGCUGUCUGGCCACUAUCAUGCUCUGCACAUGGAUUGUCAUUCAUCCGCGUAUCUGCAAACGCAAGAAACACCGUCUUUUGCACAAACUGGUGUUGUGGUUGAAGACAAUUGUCGCACCCGAGUUCAUAGCCGUCGAGGCCGCUCAAGAAUGGACCCAAGCUCGGAAAGUAGCCAAAGAAGCUUCCACAACAACCAAUGGAGAACUCGGUUCAGUCCAGGCAUUCUAUAUCGGCAUGUUUGGACUACAGUAUCGGACAUUGUAUGGAACGAAGAUCAUAUGGCCCAAUCAAUUUCUCUGGCUGUUGGAACAAGGACUGCUUGACUGGAGGGAUCACGAGCAGUGGGGGCUAUCUGUUGAUGCCAUCAAAGACAAAGGCAACUCGGACACUACCGCAAAACUCUUCGCUGCUUCCCAGGUUUUUUGGUUUGUGGCACAAUCCGUUAUGCGAGUCGUCUACAAUCUACCACUUUCACCACUGGAGGUGAUGACUUUGAGCUACGUUCCACUUUUCGCCGUCGCAAACUUCUACUGGUGGACCAAGCCACGAGAUAUCGAGACGCCUUCGGAAAUCAACUUGCCUAAGAUGACAUCAGAACAAGAGACCGUCUUCGAUUCUCUAGCGCUCGACAACCAAUUCGACAGCGAAGGAACGAGUAAGCAGGAAUCGAUAUGGGGCAUCUGGGCUCUAACACCUCGGUUGUUUGAAAAAGAAGCUAUGGACACAGCCUUUGAGAAGUUGAAGCAAGAACAAUAUACUCAGGAGCCGCGCUUGGACCAGAACAUCCUGCCGUUCUCUACUACGAAAUAUGCUUGUUUGGAUCCGUCCGAUAUGCAUCCCGAGCAAGGAACUGUACUCGCUCAUUGGGAUCCUGAACUAUACCACUCUAGAUUCCUGUGGCCACUUUGUUGCCUCGCUGGCAUUUCCUUUCCAGCUCUACACCUGAUAUCAUGGAACUCCGCCUUUCCAACGCUAAUCGAAACUUGGCUCUGGCGGACAGCGACAAUCGCUUCAAUGAUUUCUAUGCUGUUGUUUAUGCAGUUUGAGAGACUGGUCGUCAAGUGGUGUGACCCGUGGACCAUUGUGAAGAUCCUCUUGCCAUCCACGUAUAUGGUCGGACGCAUGGUUUUGCUUGUUGGCACUUUUGCGGCCCUCAGAGCCACUGAUCCGGGUGUUUAUGAUACAUGUCCUGCGUCGACAUAUUGGCUUCAUAUUAUGUAG